GCUACUGCUGCUGCUGCUGCCGGUGCUGAUCUGUCUGCUCAGUUCAGUUCGGUUCAGUCUGAGAAAAACGAUCGGAGAUCCAGGAGGUGUCUGCUGGACGUGGUGUGCGCCAUUCGAACCGAACGCCGAUGCUGUGUUGUACAUAUUGUUUAUAUAUAGAAAGAUAGAACAUCACUGUGUUCCCAAAGCGUGAGUGUGUGUGUGCGAGUGUCUGGUGGAUUUCAAAUUGGAAUUGGAAGAGAAAUACGUGUAUAUGCGCUGCACCAUCAGCAGCAGUUUGAAAUAAUGCCACGGGCUGAAUAUGUGAAUAUAUCCUAAUUACACAUUUUCCGAUCCAUUGUGCCCGACGAAUACGCGUAAUUACCAGCGGAAAAUUUCAUUUCAGUGAAUCGGAAACGGAAAAAUUCAAAUUUUUACCGUCGUUUGUGUGCGGCGUUUGUUCUAAAUAUAAAUAAUAAAAAUAAAAAAAAAAUAAAUCGCUUUCGGCUAAUGCCGCCUCGAAAAUACCCAUCCGACAAUACUGCGCCCUAAUCCUACACAGCAAGUCCUGCCAGUCCCAUGCCAAAGUGGCCCGGUUUCGGCUAAUCGGCUAAUUAUAUAGUGAGACCUGAGACCCGAGCAUGGAGAGAUCGCCAGCAGCCAAUGCCGCGGAGCCUCCUGGCGAGGAUGGGGUGCCAGCAGCGGGCCAGCGACCACCGCCUCGCAUCACGUUCAGCGAGAACUCCAGUUCCCUGAUCCGUUGCAUCCCCAACGAACGGGCCACGUUCUUCGUGAAGAUCGACUGCGCCGAAGAGGAUGAGCCCGAGCUGCUGCCCUUCAAAUUCGAGUGGAGCCGAGGUGAGAUUCCCAUUGAGAACUCCGACCGCUUCCGCAUCACGGCCACCAGCAAUGCCGUCCAACUGGCCGUGGAGCAUGUGCAGCGGGAGGACGCCGGCCACUACACGCUGUUCGCCCGGACGAAGAGCCAGGAUGUGGUGCGCAGGCACGUCGAGCUCAUCGUGGAGGACAGAUCCACGGGCGACGAUCCGCCGGUGUUCCUGCGCCGCCUGCCCGAUUUAUCCGUCAAAGUGGGCACCCGGACACGCCUCCUAACCGAAAUACGCAGCUCAACAGAUCUUAAGCUCACCUGGUACAGAAAUGACCGGAGAGUGUGCGCCAACGACCGCAUCACGGAGGUCAAUGAGGGCACCUUUCACUACUUGGAGAUUAGUCCCGUGACGCUGGACGACGGCGGUCAGUGGAUGCUCAUGGCGGAGAACUUUGGUGGACGCAACUCUUGCCUGGGAACGCUGAACGUCCUGGUGCCGAAGGCCUACAAAACACCCGAAUUCGUGGAGGAACUGCGUGCGGUGCUCACGGAACAGGGAACCGUCUCGCUGGAGUGCAAGGUGGUGGGUGUGCCCACGCCCCAUUUGCGCUGGUUCAAGGACUCCAAGGAGAUCAAGGCCGGUGACAUGUUCGCGCUGACCGCCAACGCAGAUGACCCCACCUCGCUGGGCACGUACACGUGUGAGGCGCGCAACUGCAUGGGCGUCACCUACUCCAGCUCCAAGGUGCAUGUGGUGGGACGCGGAAGUCGCGAGGGAUCUCUCAAGCCAGCGGACAGCGUGGCAGGCAAUGCUCCGCCUCCGAUAUUCACGAACGAACUGCGAGACAUGAGCCUGCUCAUUGGGGAGACCAUCAUUCUCGGCUGUCAAGUGGUGGUGCCGCCGUGGCCGAAGAGCGUCUGCUGGUACAACGCGAGCGGACGGGUGGAGACCGCCGAGCGGUACAAGCUGAUCGAGGACGGCCUGGGCGUCUACAUGAUCGAGGUGAAGCCGUCGGAAUCCUGCGAUGCCGGCGAAUGGAAAUGCGUGGUGACCAGUUUCGACGGCAGCAUGGGCAUUUCAACAUGUUCCGUAGCCAUGGACAUACCUAGGAACUAUCGCAAGCCCAGGUUCAUGGAGAGUCUGCGCGCCGUGCUCACCGAGGAGGGACUGGUGUCCUUCGAGUGCAAGGUGGUUGGCUUUCCCACGCCCGUGCUCAAGUGGUUCAAGGAUGGCCACGAACUAAAGCCGGGCGAUGUCUACCAGCUGACGGGCACCAACUCAUUGGGCACCUACUGCUGCAUUGCGCGUAAUUGCAUGGGUGAAACCAGCAGCACUGCCGUCCUCACCGUGGAGGACAUUCAGAACCAGCUGACCGACGAGGAGCGACUUGUCUUCACCCAACAGAAUCAGAACCAAGCGCCAAAGUUUCUAACUGGACUGAAAAGCACGGAUGCUAAGAUCAACGAACCCUUUCAGUUCAAGGUGGUAGUGAAGGCCACUCCCGAUCCAAUACUCUCCUGGUUCCGGGACGAGCUGCCCAUUGAUCCGAACGAAAGAUAUAACCAUUAUAGAGGUGAAAACGAAGACUGGCUACUGGACAUUAAGUCCGUGGAGUUUGUGGAUCAAGCGGAGUGGAAGUGCGUGGCAGUGAAUGAUUUCGGCACCAGCAUCACUUCCUGUUUCCUAAAGCUGCAGAUACCGCGCCACUACAAGAAGCCCCGCUUCCUGGAAUCCCUGCGAGCUGUGCUCACUGAAGAGGGAGCCGUAAAUCUGGAGUGCAAGGUCAUCGGAGUUCCUCAGCCUGCGCUCAAGUGGUACAAGGAUGGGGUGGAGCUGAAGCCGGGCGAUAUUCACCGGAUUAUUUCUGGCCAGGAUGGCACCUGCUGCCUGGGCACUUACACAUGUGAAGCGAAGAACUGCAUGGGUAUCGUGGCCAGUUCGGCCUCGCUUCUGGGCUUCGAGGAUGCCCAAAGAAGUCAGCAGCAAAAGAGCGAGCAACAUCACGAGAAUGAGCUACAAAGGAAUUAUUCCCUGUCCACCAUCCAGGAGGAGCGAACCUCUCAGCUGUACGAGACGCCAGUCGGUGAUAUAACCAUCGAUGAGAAGGGUGACGUGUCUUUCUCCUUCGACGGCAAGGAGGUAUCGGUUUCACUCUACGAGACUCCCGAUCUCACGGAGGAGGAAGCCCUGAAGAUUGUGGAGAUGUAUGCCGAUCAAAUUUCGGAGCAUGUUACUGAGCACAACAUCGUCGAGCUGCCACCACUGCGCUUCGUCAAGGAGACCUCGCAAUCGGGAAAACUCCUGAUGGAAGCGGUGGUCAUCGACAUUUCACCUGAAUACUUUACAGUCGAGGACGAUAUGCGAACUGAGGCUGAUAUGGAUGACAUUUCCAUAAACGAGAUCACGGUACACGGCUCUUCCGGUAGAGAAGGCCGAGUGGACAGAGAGACCGAGCAAUAUGUUCAGCAAUCCUUUGAUAAAAUGGAGGAGGAACUGUCGCUAUCAGCUCCAAUUCGAAAGCGAAAGAAGUCCAAGCCCACGGAAACGGAUGAGUUCUUUAGCUUAUCCAAAGCCUCCGGCAGCCAAGGUGAGGAGGAGACAUCCGACUUGCAAACCUUUGCCAGUGCCCAGAUGUCCGCAUCACAAAAAGCCGCCUCUGGUGCACAGACAAGUCCGGAGAAGGACAAGGAUUCAGUGGCACCGCCAAAGCGCAAGAAGUCCAAAAAACCCACAGACACCGAUUCCUCCAAGACAACAGAGGAUGAUGCUCGUCUGCAGGAUAUUUCGGGAGCAGUGGGAGACGGACUGAUGGUAACAACAUCCUCCCAUGCAAAGGUUGUUUCCGAUGAGAAUGAGAUCAAUAAAAAUCUGAUUGCCCUCGUUCCGCUCGCAAAGUUGCUGAAGGUUAUCGACAAUCAUUUGAGUGCCGUCGAGAAUGAGGUGAUGGAACAGUCCACCAUGAUGAUGACCCCGUCGGCAGCGGAUCAGAGCAUAGCCAUCAUCCGCAACAUAAUCGAGCCCAUCAAGCAAAUCGAAUCGAAAUUAAGGGUAUACUCUGGUGAGACCCAAAUCGACGCCCUCAUCCAAUCGAUGGAUGAGGAUAUCCGACGACUGCACAUGGGUCUCCAGGUCAUUGAAAAGUGCGUGGAGAUCGACGAGACUGGAGCCACGCUCAUCCAACGCACCAGUGUCUGCAUCAUUGACAGCGUGGCCGAGCAAAUGAAGAGAGCCCUGGAAGAGCUGAAAAUCGUUAGCAGGAAGUUCGAAUCGGUGUGUCUACGAGCCCAAAUCGAACUGACUGCCGAUGACAUCCAACAAGGAUUAGAGAUCACGCAGGGAACGAUUAAAUCGCAGGCUCUUCUGCAGGAGGCGCAAGAACUGGAGGCAGCGAAGCAUUUUUCGGAAACGGUUGAAAAAAUGCAAGAAGUGCCCGAUUCCAUAUCCUUCGCCACCAUAUCGGAGGCCAAUCUGCCCAGCGAAGCAAGCGCUCUUAAGGAUAUUUGUCAGCCGGUGGCAAAGAUACAGGAAGCCCUGGAGCGUGUCGAAAUGGAACUAUCGCUGGAGGAGUCCGAGGAGCAGAUCUACAAGAAGGUGCACCAGAAGGUGCUCGAGAGCAUUGUGGAGCCGAUUAAGCAGCUACAAUCCACACUGCAGUCUAUUGAAGACAAGACGGAAUCCCUCGCAGGAUCCGAGUCAAUUGAGCAAAAAAUAAACAUGGCCAUUCUGGAUAUCGUUACGCCCCCUCUUUUCGAGCUCAAAAAGGGUCUAGAAGUAAUCCUUAGUGAAAAAUCAGGCAGUGUGGAGGGAGGAAUGCUGACAGUAAGCACUGUGGAAUCGAUGGUGCCCCCCUUGCAGGAGAUUCAAAACGGCCUGGCGCAACUGGGCCAAGAACUGGAAAGUGGUCAGGACUCCGUGCCUCAGGAGCAACUGCGAUCUGAGCCAGUAAUGGGUGUGGCUGAUACCCAGAAGCUCUUACAGUCAUUCGCCCAGGCUGUCUUACACUUUGAGACGAACAUCGAGAGGAUCUCUGGCCGACUCUCCCCCAACGUUAAAAUUCGCUUGCUGAACCUAAAGGAUGAACUGUCAGCUCUAAUAGGCUCAAUUUUGGAAAGAGAAAUUACCGGACAUCAUGUUGAAUUGCUGGACAGACUAAAGCGACCCGUCGACGAGCUAAACUACUGCUUCCGCCAGACAGAGGUCAAGAAUAUGACUGGGUCCUUAGCCGACCUGAUUGAACCACUGAGUAUGCUACAGGAGAACACCCAAAAAGGUCACCAACGUUUGCUAGUCGCUCGGGUACCCGAUCAGCAGGCUCUUCAGACGCUGGACAACAUACGCAGUCUCAUCCGCAACGUGGUCAUCGAUAUAGAAGAGCACGAGUUUAAGAUCCUACAGCAAGAGAUUCAACAGGAUGAGGAGCAAGCAUCGCAGCAGCAAGACAAAUCAAUCAGCGCUCUGCGAAAAGUGCUGGAGACCAAAGUGUCCCUGGAGGAAGCAGUUGGGAACAUAGAAACCCUGCAGGAAGCCUUAAACAAAAUCAGUGAAAGCCCCAAGGCUUCUGAAAGAGUGAAGAGCUCCUCAAACGAAGCCCAAGUGUACCUUCUUCGUAUCCUGCAAAUUGCUAAAGGACUGGCGACAUUUAGUGAGGCAGAGACAACACUCGACGUCAACGAGGCCAAUACGACUAGAAUUCUCUUCGAGUGUGGCAAAAGUUUUGCUGACUUGGCUAAAGCCCUACACAGUCCCGAAUCCCUGACUGAGAGUGAGUUCAUAAAUGCACUGAAUCAGUUUGGUGACAUUGUUGGCCAACAGAAGGAGUCUAUGGAUGAAAAGCUAUCCAUUGCCAGUCCGCUGUCCAGUCUGAUUCAUGUGCUCCAAAAUCUGAAGCCCCCGCGAGCUUCAAUGGAGGACUUAUCGACCUUGGAUGAUGUGUCAGUGCUUAAGUCUGUCGCAGAGUCUUUGCCCACUGAUCCGGAAGCGGAAGUGCCUAAAGGUCCCGAGAAACCAUCGACUGUUGCUGUCCUACUGUCCGACUUGAACCAGGGAAUCACAUCGGUUCUUUCUCAUAGUGAAGAUCCUGACGUUGUUUCCCUAUCGGGAAAAGCUGCACAGCAGGUACAGGCAGCCCUCGUUAAGAUGCAAGAGCUGCAAAGUAGCUUGGCAGUGGUUCAGGAAACCAACUUGGUGGAAGCGGCUCACUCGAUGUCAGAGGCCAGUCAACAGGGAACCUUCGCCGAGGCACUCUGCAGCUUGGAGCGCUGUGUUCUUCAGGUGGAGGAGUGCAUGGCCCACAGUGGCGUCGAGAGUUUGACCGAUCCUGAAUUGUCCAAGCUCAAGACUUUGGCCACUCCAUUGCACGAUGUGAGGCAAUACUGCGAGCAGAUCGAUGUGCAACUCUUGGAAAAUGUCAUUGAUAUAUCUACGCAUGGAGAUAUCUCUGAACUUAAGAGCAGUGGUCAUCAGCAAACCGUAUCAGAUCAUAUCGAGGAAGUAGCCGUUGUAGAGGAAGAGCCCCAAGUGGAGGUUUUCGAUAUACAACAAGGUGUCGCCAGUGGCAUCAAGCAAUUGGAAGCCUGUCUGGAAGUUACCCAGACAGAUGCCAAUAAGGAGCUUCAGCAAGUUGGCAAAAUAAUGGAGCAACUGAAGUCAGAUCUGGAGAACAUACAGAUCGCCCUUGUCACUGAUACCGUGCAACAGGAAACCGUUCUGGGCCAAGCGCAAAUAGCUCGCACCAUGUUCAGAUUGAAGGAGUGCUUGGUGCACACCUAUGAAUCUGGCUUGGUGGACUCCUUGGAGAACGUAGAGAGUGCCUUUGAGGACAUACUGCUUUCGUUACCAAUUCUGGAAACUCAGUUGGCCGAGGAAAUGUUCGCCAAAAUCGAGAAGGCAUUCGCCAACUUUGUUGCAUACUGUGAGCGCCCAGAAGCUGUGGACUAUCAAAAAUUAAAGACUCUAAAGCAACCUAUUGAGAAUCUAGUAGGUUCCAUUGGAGCUGUGGCCGCCCAGCCCACCGUAGAUGUCGACAAAUCAUCUUCGGUUGUUGUUCAGCUUCAGACUAGUCUAAUGGCUGCUUUCCGGAGCAUAAACGAUGCCAGCGAGCAGAUUAGUAACGAAGUCUUAGGUGGUCUUUUGAAGACGCAAAGCAGCUUAGUGGCUGUCUUUGAUUUUAUUGAGGGCAAUGACAAUACAAUUCGUGUCAUUGAACUUUUACAGGAAAUGGAUUCGAUCACUGCGGAAUUGAAGGCAUUGUCCGUAAUUCAUGUUGAACCCACGGUGCCAAUCGAUAUAGGCAUUAUUAUUGAAAACGUUUCGUCUGGAAAGGCGUUCCUUACCGAAAUCGAGGAAGGACUUCGAGCCAAUAACCCGACAUGUAUUCUUUUGCUAGAUGAAAAUACGGAUGACAUUGCUCAGCUAGAGGCAACUCUUGUGCAAAUAGAGAAUGAAAUCCUUUCUCAGCCCCAACUCAGUCAGAUAACCACUAAGCAGUUUGCUCUCAUAGAUGCACUGCAGCUGCAGAUCAGUAAUCUUCAGGAAAAACUUAACAAACUGAACGUGUUUCUUUCCGAACUUCAAAGUCAAUCGGAUGUCUCCUCUCCUGAAUCUGCGCUGGAUACUGACAUAGAUAUUAAAGAAGGAUCAGGAAGCCAGGAAGACAUUGAACCCGAAGCUAAAAGACCCAAAAUGCUGGAAUCCGAGCAACAACUGGAUUCUAACAAACAAACCGAAACUCAACAAGAAGUACCUAAGGAAACGGAUGAUGAAACCAAGAAGGAGAUUGAACCUGAAUCAAAACUACAAAACCAAAAUGAGUUGCUUGCUAAAAAAGAUGAACAGAAGGCAGAUAAAGUAUCUGAACCUCAAGACAGCGAACAGCAAUUGGAAAAAGAGGUGGAUGAUGCACAAAAACCAACUGAAAUUGUGUCUCAAAAGGCAUCACCUGAAAAUAUUUUGGAAGCCCUAACGGAAAAAUUAUCCCAAUCUCCUAACAAUGCUUCGCAAAAUGAUGAAAUUAAAACAAUCAUGACAGAAUGCCAAGAUAUUUUGGAUAAUAUUGAUAAUAUCGAAAAAGUCUCAAAGUCUAUAUUUAAGUUAAGAGAGCACAUUGUUCAUACCUAUGAUGGCAAACCACCAGAGGAACAGACCGAGAAGGAACUUGUUGAAGAACUCAUAGAAUCCCUCUUUGAAUCCUGUCCAGAAGCCACUGAGCUCGUUAUUCAAACCUACAUUAAAGAAAUUAAAACCAACAUUAUUUUAACAAAAGCGGCAAUUCAACUUAUUGACGAUAGCAACAUGUUCACAAAGCCGUCUCUGCUAGUUCCCAAACUGGUAAAUCUUGAAAAACUUUCAGAAUUAACUCAAGGCGUGAAACUUAUUGAUAAGUCAUCGAAAGAAAUGAUUGGCUUGCAACAGAAUUUAAUGGAUAUAUUUAUUAUACUUGAUGACCUUCUGGAUGAAAGAACAGAAAAAAUUAAUCCGAAAAUAGAGGAAAUAAAAAAAAUAAUACUGAGUGAAUAUGACUAUAUUGAGAAAAAAAAUGGACAACUUCAUACUGCUGUGGUUAAUGGAAAAAUAAAAUUAAUUACUGAAAAGAUUCUUGAUAUUUGUGAAGAGUUCAAACAAAUUAUUGAAAGUCAAAACCAAAAUAAGGAUGCAGCAGGAGAUAUCAAAAAGUCAGAAACUGAAGAUGUUGUUGACCAUUCAAUACAAAAGAAGAUUGAAGAACCCAAGAUAUCUGAAAAAAAGGACUUGGAUAAGCAAGUCCUGGAAGAAAAAGAACUAGAGGCUAGUGCACAAAAACAAGGUGAUCAGGAUGUGGAACAGAAGUCCCAGAAACCAGAAGUAUCUGAGGUCGUAGCUGAAAAGAUAUCUGAAGAAAAGAUUGAAGAACCAAAGAAACCUGAAGUAAAGGACACUGAAGUUAAAUCAGAGACAGCCACAGCCUUGGAUAAGCAAGUCCUGGAAGAAAAAGAACUAGAGGCUAGUGCACAAAAACAAGGUCAUCAGGAUGUCGAAAAGAAGUCCCAGAAACCAGAAGUAUCUGAGGUCGUAGCUGAGAAGAUAACCGAAGAAAAGAUUGAAGAACCAAAGAAACCUGAAGUAAAGGAAACUGAAGUUCAAUCAGAGACAGCCACAGCCUUGGAUAAGCAAGUCCUAGAACAAACAGAACUAGAGGCUAGUGCACAAAAACAAGGUGAUCAGGAUGUGGAACAGAAGUCCCAGAAACCAGAAGUAUCUGAGGUCGUAGCUGAGAAGAUAUCUGAAGAAAAGAUUGAAGAACCAAAGAAACCUGAAGUAAAGGACACUGAAGUUAAAUCAGAGACAGCCACAGCCUUGGAUAAGCAAGUCCUGGAAGAAAAAGAAAUAGAGGCUAGUGCACAAAAACAAGGUGAUCAGGAUGUGGAACAGAAGUCCCAGAAACCAGAAGUAUCCGAGGUCGUAGCUGAGAAGAUAUCUGAAGAAAAGAUUGAAGAACCAAAGAAACCUGAAGUAAAGGACACUGAAGUUAAAUCAGAGACAGCCACAGCCUUGGAUAAGCAAAUCCUGGAAGAAAAAGAACUAGAGGCUAGUGCACAAAAACAAGGUGAUCAGGAUGUGGAACAGAAGUCCCAGAAACCAGAAGUAUCUGAGGUCGUAGCUGAGAAGAUAUCUGAAGAAAAGAUUGAAGAACCAAAGAAACCUGAAGUAAAGGAAACUGAAGUUAAAUCAGAGACAGCCACAGCCUUGGAUAAGCAAGUCCUGGAAGAAAAAGAACUAGAGGCUAGUGCACAAAAACAAGGGGAUCAGGAUGUCGAAAAGAAGUCCCAGAAACCAGAAGUAUCUGAGGUCGUAGCUGAGAAGAUAACCGAAGAAAAGAUUGAAGAACCAAAGAAACCUGAAGUAAAGGAAACUGAAGUUAAAUCAGAGACAGCCACAGCCUUGGAUAAGCAAGUCCUGGAAGAAAAAGAACUAGAGGCUAGUGCACAAAAACAAGGUGAUCAGGAUGUGGAACAGAAGUCCCAGAAACCAGAAGUAUCUGAGGUCGUAGCUGAGAAGAUAUCUGAAGAAAAGAUUGAAGAACCAAAGAAACCUGAAGUAAAGGAAACUGAAGUUAAAUCAGAGACAGCCACAGCCUUGGAUAAGCAUGUCCUGGAAGAAAAAGAACUAGAGGCUAGUGCACAAAAACAAGGUGAUCAGGAUGUGGAACAGCAGUCCCAGAAACCGGAAGUAUCUGAGGUCGUAGCUGAGAAGAUAUCUGAAGAAAAGAUUGAAGAACCAAAGAAACCUGAAGUAAAGGACACUGCAGUUAAAUCAGAGAAAGCCACAGCCUUGGAUAAGCAAGUCCUGGAAGAAAAAGAACUAGAGGUUAGUGCACAAAAGCAAGGUGAUCAGGAUGUCGAAAAGAAGUUCCAGAAACCAGAAGUAUCUGAAGUCGUAGCUGAGAAGAUAACCGAAGAAAAGAUUGAAGAACCAAAGAAACCUGAAGUAAAGGAAACUGAAGUUAAAUCAGAGACAGCCACAGCCUUGGAUAAGCAAGUCCUGGAACAAAAAGAACUAGAGGCUAGUGCACAAAAACAAGGUGAUCAGGAUGUGGAACAGCAGUCCCAGAAACCGGAAGUAUCUGAGGUCGUAGCUGAGAAGAUAUCUAAAGAAAAGAUUGAAGAACCAAAGAAACCUGAAGUAAAGGAAACUGAAGUUAAAUCAGAGACAGCCACAGCCUUGGAUAAGCAAGUCCUGGAACAAAAAGAACUAGAGGCUAGUGCACAAAAACAAGGUGAUCAGGAUGUGGAACAGCAGUCCCAGAAACCGGAAGUAUCUGAGGUCGUAGCUGAGAAGAUAUCCGACGAAAAGAUUGAAGAACCAAAGAAACCUGAAGUAAAGGACACUGAAGUUAAAUCAGAGACAGCCACAGCCUUGGAUAAGCAAGUCCUGGAAGAAAAAGAAAUAGAGGCUAGUGCACAAAAACAAGGUGAUCAGGAUGUGGAACAGAAGUCCCAGAAACCAGAAGUAUCCGAGGUCGUAGCUGAGAAGAUAUCUGAAGAAAAGAUUGAAGAACCAAAGAAACCUGAAGUAAAGGACACUGAAGUUAAAUCAGAGAAAGCCACAGCCUUGGAUAAGCAAAUCCUGGAAGAAAAAGAACUAGAGGCUAGUGCACAAAAACAAGGUGAUCAGGAUGUGGAACAGAAGUCCCAGAAACCAGAAGUAUCUGAGGUCGUAGCUGAAAAGAUAUCUGAAGAAAAGAUUGAAGAACCAAAGAAACCUGAAGUAAAGGACACUGAAGUUAAAUCAGAGACAGCCACAGCCUUGGAUAAGCAAGUCCUGGAAGAAAAAGAACUAGAGGCUAGUGCACAAAAACAAGGUCAUCAGGAUGUCGAAAAGAAGUCCCAGAAACCAGAAGUAUCUGAGGUCGUAGCUGAGAAGAUAUCUGAAGAAAAGAUUGAAGAACCAAAGAAACCCGAAGUAAAGGAUAAUGAAGUUAAAUCAGAGAAAGCCACAGCCUUGGAUAAGCAAGUCCUGGAAGAAAAAGAACUAGAGGUUAGUGCACAAAAGCCAGGUGAUCAUGAUGUCGAAAAGAAGUCCCAGAAACCAGAAAUAUCUGAGGUCGUAGCUGAGAAGAUAUCUGAAGAAAAGAUUGAAGAACCAAAGAAACCUGAAGUAAAGGACACUGAAGUUAAAUCAGAGACAGCCACAGCCUUGGAUAAGCAAGUCCUGGAUGAAAAAGAACUAGAGGUUAGUGCACAAAAGCCAGGUGAUCAGGAUGUCGAAAAGAAGUCCCAGAAACCAGAAGUAUCUGAGGUCGUAGCUGAGAAGAUAUCUGAAGAAAAGAUUGAAGAACCAAAGAAACCCGAAGUAAAGGAUAAUGAAGUUAAAUCAGAGAAAGCCACAGCCUUGGAUAAGCAAGUCCUGGAAGAAAAAGAACUAGAGGUUAGUGCACAAAAGCCAGGUGAUCAUGAUGUCGAAAAGAAGUCCCAGAAACCAGAAAUAUCUGAGGUCGUAGCUGAGAAGAUAUCUGAAGAAAAGAUUGAAGAACCAAAGAAACCUGAAGUAAAGGACACUGAAGUUAAAUCAGAGACAGCCACAGCCUUGGAUAAGCAAGUCCUGGAAGAAAAAGAACUAGAGGCUAGUGCACAAAAACAAGGUCAUCAGGAUGUCGAAAAGAAGUCCCAGAAACCAGAAGUAUCUGAGGUCGUAGCUGAGAAGAUAUCUGAAGAAAAGAUUGAAGAACCAAAGAAACCCAAAGUAAAGGAUAAUGAAGUUAAAUCAGAGAAAGCCACAGCCUUGGAUAAGCAAGUCCUGGAAGAAAAAGAACUAGAGGUUAGUGCACAAAAGCCAGGUGAUCAUGAUGUCGAAAAGAAGUCCCAGAAACCAGAAAUAUCUGAGGUCGUAGCUGAGAAGAUAUCUGAAGAAAAGAUUGAAGAACCAAAGAAACCUGAAGUAAAGGACACUGAAGUUAAAUCAGAGACAGCCACAGCCUUGGAUAAGCAAGUCCUGGAUGAAAAAGAACUAGAGGUUAGUGCACAAAAGCCAGGUGAUCAGGAUGUCGAAAAGAAGUCCCAGAAACCAGAAGUAUCUGAGGUCGUAGCUGAGAAGAUAUCUGAAGAAAAGAUUGAAGAACCAAAGAAACCCGAAGUAAAGGAUAAUGAAGUUAAAUCAGAGAAAGCCACAGCCUUGGAUAAGCAAGUCCUGGAAGAAAAAGAACUAGAGGUUAGUGCACAAAAGCCAGGUGAUCAUGAUGUCGAAAAGAAGUCCCAGAAACCAGAAAUAUCUGAGGUCGUAGCUGAGAAGAUAUCUGAAGAAAAGAUUGAAGAACCAAAGAAACCUGAAGUAAAGGACACUGAAGUUAAAUCAGAGACAGCCACAGCCUUGGAUAAGCAAGUCCUGGAAGAAAAAGAACUAGAGGCUAGUGCACAAAAGCAAGGAGAUCAAGAUGGAAAAUCUCGAGAAGUUAUUAUUAAGACAUUGAAAGAAAGGCUCACAGAAUUAUCCAAGGCAUUAGGCUCUAGUGCCGAUGAAAUUUUGGCAGAAAGUCGGGAAAUUGUGAAUAACCUUGAAGAUGAUGAAGUAGUGGCAAAACUCUUAUUCAAAUUGAGAGAACAUAUAGUUCACACCUAUGAUGGAAAAAGAGGAAAAGAUAAUAAAGAAAAAGAACUCUUCGAAUCCUUUAUUGAAUCGCUGUGUGAGGCCUCCACUGAAGCAGCUGAGAAAGUAAAACUCAACUAUCUUAAGGAAAUUAAAACCAAUGUGAUUUUAACAAAAGCUACUAUUCAACUAAUCGACGACUCUAAUAUGUUCACCAAACCGUCCUUAUUAAUCCCCAAAAUUUUAAAUUUGGAGAGAGUUGCUGUUAAAAUUCAAUCAGAAACAUAUGUUGAUAAGUCAUCGGAAAAAAUGAUUAGUUUGCAACAGAGUCUUAUGGAUAUUUUCGUAAUUCUUGAUGACUUUUUAGAUGAGGAGACGGAAGUUUUAAAACCAAAAAUUGAAAAUAUUAAAGCAACGUUGCUCAGUGACUAUGAUUAUAUUGAAAAAAAAGAUGCACCCCUCUUAACGGCUGUAAUAAAUGGAAAGAUUAAAGUUAUUUCCCAAAAUAUCUUAACUAUUAUUGAAGAAGUGAAACAAUUGACUGAAGGACAUGCUCAAAAGAAACAGGAUGAGAAGCAAAAAGAAAGCCAAGAGGAGGAUGUUAAGGACUCUGAAGACAAGCCUAAGAAAACGAAGGUUUUGGCGAAGAAAUCAAUCGAAGAAGAGAAACUGGAUGAAAAGAAGGAAAAACAGACGGAGUCCGCAAUUGAUAACAAAUCCCAAACGGCUGAGGUAUCCGAAACUGCCCCCGAAAAGAUUACUGAUGUGAAGACAGAAGAAAGCCAAAAGAAGGAGAUUAAGGACAUUGAAGCCAAGCCUAAGAAAGCGAAGGUUUUGGAAAAGAAAUCAAUCGAAGAAGAGAAACUGGAUGAAAAGAAGGAAAAACAGAAGGAGUCCGCUAUUAAUAACAAAUCCCAAAAGGCUCAGGUGUCGGAAACUGUUUCCGAAAAGAUUACUGAUGAGAAGGCACAAGAAAGCCAAAAGGAGGAGGUUAAGGACUCUGAAGCCAAGCCUAAGAAAGCGAAGGUUUUGGAGAAAAAAUCAAUCGAAGAAGAGAAACUGGAUGAAAAGAAGGAAAAACAGACGGAGUCCGCAAUUGAUAACAAAUCCCAAAAGGCUGAGGUAUCCGAAACUGCCCCCCAAAAGAUUACUGAUGUGAAGACAGAAGAAAGCCAACAGGAGGAGGUUAAGGACUCUGAAGCCAAGCCUAAGAAAACGAAGGUCUUGGAGAAGAAAUCAAUCGAAGAAGAGAAACUGGAUGAAAAGAAGGAAAAACAGACGGAGUCCGCUAUUGAUAACAAAUCCCAAAAGGCUGAGGUAUCCGAAACUGCCCCCGAAAAGAUUACUGAUGUGAAGACAGAAGAAAGCCAACAGGAGGAGGUUAAGGACUCUGAAGCCAAGCCCAAGAAAGCGAAGGUUUUGGAGAAGAAAUCAAUCGAAGAAGAGAAACUGGAUGAAAAGAAGGAAAAACAGACGGAGUCCGCAAUUGAUAACAAAUCCCAAAGGGCUCAGGUGUCGGAAACUGCCCCCGAAAAGAUUACUGAUGUGAAGGCAAAAGAAAGCAAAAAGGGGGAGGUUAAGGAGUCUGAAGCCAAGCCUAAAAAAGCGAAGGUUUUGGAGAAAGAAUCAAUCGAAGAAGAGAAACUUGAAGACAAGAAUGAAAAACAGACGGAGUCCGCCUUUGAUAAAAAAUCCCAAAAGGCUGAGGUGUCCGAAACUGUCUCCGAAAAGAUUACCGAUGAGACGGCAGAAGAAAGCCAAAAGGAGGAGGUUAAGGAAUCUGAAGCCAAGCCCAAGAAAGCGAAGGUUUUGGAGAAGAAAUCAAUCGAAGGGGAGAAACUUGAAGACAAGAAAGAAAAACAGACGGAGUCCGCCUUUGAUAAAAAAUCCCAAAAGGCGGAGGUGUCCGAAACUGUCUCCGAAAAGAUUACCGAUGAGACGGCAGAAGAAAGCCAAAAGGAGGAGGUUAAGGAAUCUGAAGCCAAGCCCAAGAAAGCGAAGGUUUUGGAGAAGAAAUCAAUCGAAGAAGAGAAACUGGAUGAAAAGAAGGAAAAACAGAAGGAGUCCGCUAUUGAUAACAAAUCCCAAAAGGCUCAGGUGUCGGAAACUGUUUCCAAAAAGAUUACUGAUGAGAAGGCACAAGAAAGCCAAAAGGAGGAGGUUAAGGACUCUGAAGCCAAGCCUAAGAAAGCGAAGGUUUUGGAGAAGAAAUCAAUCGAAGAAGAGAAACAAGACAAGAAUGAAAAACAGACGGAGUCCGGUAUUGAAAACAAAUCCCAAAAGGCUCAGGUGUCGGAAACUGUUUCCGAAAAGAUUACUGAUGUGAAGGCAGAAGAAAGCAAAAAGGGGGAGGUUAAGGACUCUGAAGCCAAGCCCAAGAAAGCGAAGGUUUUGGAGAAGAAAUCAAUCGAAGAGGAGAAACUUGAAGACAAGAAAGAAAAACAGACGGAGUCCGCCUUUGAUAAAAAAUCCCAAAAGGCGGAGGUGUCCGAAACUGUCUCCGAAAAGAUUACCGAUGAGACGGCAGAAGAAAGCCAAAAGGAGGAGGUUAAGGAAUCUGAAGCCAAGCCCAAGAAAGCGAAGGUUUUGGAGAAGAAAUCAAUCGAAGAAGAGAAACUGGAUGAAAAGAAGGAAAAACAGAAGGAGUCCGCUAUUGAUAACAAAUCCCAAAAGGCUCAGGCGUCGGAAACUGUUUCCAAAAAGAUUACUGAUGAGAAGGCACAAGAAAGCCAAAAGGAGGAGGUUAAGGACUCUGAAGCCUAA